AUGCCUGCGAUAGAAAUCAGUGAGAUACAAGCCAAAUUGGCAGCUGGUUUUAAACUAACACAACAAGCCAAUGGCAAAGACUUAGUUCUGGUGAUCGGUAAUACUGGUGUGGGUAAAAGCACCUUUCUUAACUAUAUGUUGGGGCAUACAAUGCGUGAAAAUGAAGAAUUAGAUGUGAUAGAGGCCGUAGAGACGUCUGCCUUACACAUUGGCCAUGAGAUGCGUUCAGAGACUUUAUACGCACGGCCGGUUGUGAGUCAAGACUAUCCUUGGGUUUUUACCGACUGUCCGGGAUUUUUGGAUAACAGAAUAACCAAUGAUACAAUUGUGACUUCUAUUAGUAUGGAAUUAGCGAUUCGUAGUGCAAAUCAGGUCAAAGGAAUUAUUAUCUUGAUGGAUGCAACUGAGUUUUUGAAUAGUAGAUUGAGUACUUUAAGUCCAUUGAUGAAGAUAUUGAUUAAAUUGUUUAGAGAUCCAGUUGAAAUGUUAAAGUAUUCUGUAAUUGGUGUGACCAAAACGGAUAAGAUGAAAGGUGGAAAAACAAAAUCUAAAAGAAUGAUGGUGCAAGCUUUUGGUAAAAUCAAAGAAGAAUGUCAGAGAAAAAUACAGACUCUUCAGUCAGAAUUUGAAAGACAAGGUCAUAAAGCUUUCUUUUCUAUAGGGAGUGAGAAUAAAGAGGAAAGCGAUCUGAGAGAAUUAACUGUUAGCGACUAUAAAGUGAUGACAGAAUAUAUCAGUGCAGUACUUAGACGACAAGAUGAGAUCGUUUUUAUUGAUGUUCUUGAUGACGGCGAUUCAAAGCAACACAUUAUUGAUCGUAUUCAUGCAAUUAGGCCGAGAACUGAAGCUCAAACGGGCCACUCACUACAGGAUACUCUUCCAACUGCGUUAUCAGCAUCCGCUGAAUACUUGCAGCUAGAUACUUUAUCGCUACGGCCUAUUACAGUAGCAGAUUUUAAUUUUGAGCAUUAUGAUGUAAAUAGAAGACACUUUAAUCUUGCUAUUUAUGAUUUUGCUAGUGAAGGUAGCCGAUUAAUUGGUGCGAUCAUAGGGGUAGCAAAUCAACUGAAACGCAUGAUCGAUAUGUGGCAAGACAACAAAAUUAGAAUGGCGGCAUUGAAUAAACUAAAAUCAGAGUUACAAAAUUAUAUCUCUGUUUCUGAAGGCCCAAGGAAAUUAUUGAAUACCUGGUCAGAAAUGCUUUCAGAAAAUGCUCAAUCCAUUCAAUCAGCGCAAGAAGAUAUUCAUUCGAUUAAAAAUCAGAUAAAAAAGCAUGAACAAGAAUUGAAUGAAGUUAAUACUGAUAAACCCAUAAAAUUUGCGGAAAAAAUAUAUCUCAAAAAAGAGUGGUAUUGGACCCACCAUAAGGAACUCUUCAAGUUUGAUACUGAAAAUGAAUCAGUACCAAUAGUCGAUGUAGACAAACACAUAGGUAAUGGUUGCUGGUGUUAUACGAAAGAUGAAAGAAAAAAAGGCCGAUAUAAAUCGUUAUAUCUAUCAGACUGGCUGGCGUACGGGGAUGCUAGAAUAACUGUUUACAUUGCUUCUAAGGAUGAAGAAGGCAACCGUAAGCUCGUUAGAGAUCUUCAGACAGAAAUUCAUCGAUCUGGAGAACUCUUGGCUGAGAUACAAGCUAAUCUAUCGUUGCUUGAAGAAUCUAAAGAUCGUUUAUUAUCCAGUAUAAAAUCGAUGGAAAAUGUAGUUCAGGAAGAAGUAGAAAAGGAUCGAGCUGAUAAAAUGUUGCAAUGUGAUGGAGAAAUUGAGCAGUUAUCUGCUCGUAUGACAGAAAAUCGAAAGCAGAUAAAAAUGACUAAAGCAAAGGCUUUAAAAUUAUUGAAAAAAUUUUGUGAUGAUUCUGAAUCUUUAAAUAUCCAUAAAAAAUUUAAAAUUGUCAAAAGUAUUAAUGAGUUACUACAACUACCAGGCACUUUAGUGGAUAAAUUCAUUGAACGUUAUGAGGGGUUUAAAGCUGAGUUUAAAACCAUACAAAAAUGUUUUCGGAUAGACUUAGAUAAGGAAGAUUUGAGCCAAUUUUCGCAAGAUAAUUCAACGGAUCAAUUAGAUAGAGCUAUAAAUAGAAAAGAUCCAAUAAGUGGUAAAUGGAUUAGGACGCUGGUAGUAACAAAAGCAGGAACAGGAUUUGAAUUAUCUUCCUUAGUGGAGCAAUUUCCUGAGAAUUGUAUAGGGAGCGUUUUUGAAUUUAUUCAUCCUACUGGUAAAAAAGAGCGCAUUUUUUAUGGUGAUUGGACUAUCAUGUCUGAAUGGCCCGCACUUACAGGGCAAGAAGAGAGAUUUUCUCAAGCCGAUCAAGUACUUGGUAUGUCAUCGAAUGAUCCACUGGAAUUGAUCAAAGUGAAAAAGAGUGUAGAGGAAGAGAUAGAGUUGUUAGUGCAAGGUAUUCAAGAGCAAGAAGAGGAACUCUUUGCAAAGCGAGAUCAGUUAAAAAAAAUCACCGAACGUCUUAAAGGGCUUGGCUUUUUACUUUCAGUAGAUGAAACCGAAGAGACUAGUUCCAUUGAUAGUAGUUUUAUCCAAAUAGAUGCUAUAGAUACUUCCUUUAUUCCUGAUGUUAGCGCAUAA